CGGACGAAGAAGCUGAUGACAGAAAGAGAGAUGGGCUCGGACGAAGAACAACAGUGGGUCCCAUUCAAGAAUAGGCCGGAAUGGUCGGACGUGAUUCCGGUCGAGCAAGACGACGGUCCGAACCCGGUCGUCCCCAUAGCCUACAAGGAGCAGUUCACAGAGACGAUGAACUACUUCCGAGCCGUCUUCAAAGCCGACGAGCGAUCGCCUCGCGCCCUUCAGCUCACCACCGAAGCCAUCGGAUUGAAUUCAGGAAACUACACCAUAUGGCAUUACAGGCGCUUAAUACUGGAGACCCUUGAAGCUGAUUUACAGAAUGAACUUGAUUUCACCGAUCAGAUUGCGCAGAUUAACUCCAAAAAUUAUCAGUUGUGGCAUCAUAGGCGGUGGGUUGCUGAGAUAUUGGGAACUAAUGCUACAAGCGCGGAACUUGAGUUUACAAAGAAGAUACUCUUGGGUGAUGCUAAAAACUAUCAUGCUUGGUCUCAUAGGCAGUGGGUUCUCAAGGAACUUGGAGGGUGGGAAAAUGAACUUGACUAUUGUCGGGAGCUCCUUGAAGAAGACGUUUUUAACAAUUCUGCUUGGAACCAGAGAUAUUUCGUCAUUACAAGAUCUCCACUCCUGGGAGGCCUAACAGCUAUGAGAGAGUCUGAAGUGUCUUAUACUCUUAAAGCCAUUGUAGCCCACCCAGAGAAUGAGAGUUCAUGGAGAUAUCUACGAGGGCUUUACAAAAACGACAACUGGUCUUGGGCAAACGACCCUCAAAUUGCUUCGGUAUGCUUGAAGGUUUUAAGUGCCAACAACGAUUGUAUCUUUGCUUUGAGCACACUUUUGGAUCUCAUCCGCCAUGGUUUCCAAGCAAGCGAAGAGCUCAAAGAUGCUGUGGAUGCUAUAAGAAACUCAAACUUGGUAGAAGCAGAAUCGGACUUGACAAAAACUAUUUGCUCACUCUUGGAAAAGCUUGAUCCGAUAAGAGUUAACUAUUGGAACUGGCGUAAGAGCAUCCUCUGCGAAGGAGCUAAAUAGAAGAGGUGACUGAAUAACCCGACUUUUGUGGCACAUCCCGUUGAUUAAUUAAAUGUUCUAGUUGAAGUUGAGUGCAGUUUCAUGUUUGUUUCGAUGGAUAUUUAUGUUGUAACGGUAGAAAACCUUUGACAAAAGAAUUAAACCAAAAUGAUUGAGGAAAAUUGGUACCA